AUGGGACUUUUUAGAUGGCCGUACCCUGCGGAAUCCGUUCGAGGAUACUGGGGAAACGUUACUUCCACAAUCGAUUGGUGUGAGGAAAACUAUGUUGUAUCGAAAUAUGUGGCCGAAUGGUCUAACACUAUUACUAAUGGGACUUUUGUUAUAACUGCUUUGUACUCGACGUAUUGUGCAUGGCGUAGUCGUUUGGAACUUAGAUUUAUAUUGAUUGGGAUUGGGUUUGCCCUUGUAGGGGUUGGAUCCUGGUUAUUCCAUAUGACGUUGCAAUACCAUUAUCAGUUAUUAGAUGAACUGCCAAUGAUUUAUGCCACUUGUAUCCCAACAUGGAGUAUUUUGUGUGAAACGCAGGAGACAUUGACGAAGAAAGGUCAUAGCAGUCCGUUAUCGAGACAAUUUGCCGUUGGGUUGGCCAUUUCCGUGGUUGUGACUUUGUUAAGCUGGAUUUACCUUGUUUUUAAGAUUCCAGAGAUUCAUCAGACUGUUUACGGAUUUAUUACUGUCUCAGUGGUUGUUAUGUCGGGAAUACUCACUCACAAGUUUGUGAAAGAUCCAGUUGCCAAGAAGAGUCUGUAUCAAUGUAUGAGUAUUGGUAUUGUGACUUUCUUACUUGGGUUUGUGUCGUGGAAUCUCGAUAAUGUCUUUUGUUCCACUUGGAUUUACAUUAGAAGGGAUAUUUUACAACUACCACUCGGAAUUUUACUUGAGUUACAUGCCUGGUGGCAUAUUCUCACCGGAACCGGUAUCUACUACUAUAUCGUCUAUUUGCAGUAUCUCAGAGUGCUGACACAGGGUCUAGGGAACGAUUUUGCAAUGAUAUGGAGGUGGAAAUUCCUACCUGAACUUGUCAGGAAGAAUCAUACGAUCACCACAAAGUAUUCACUUUCACUUCUUGGUCCUUACGUAGAGCAUGGGAGAGUCGGUGAGUCUCGUAAGGAGAAAUGA